AUGAAUUCAAAUGCAGCUAUGACAGAGAGUCGUCAGUAUGCUGUUGGAGAACAAAGUUUAGUCGAGUCUCUCCAGCGCGCCCUCCCCGCCCUCCCCGCCGCCGCCGCCGCCGCCGCCGCCAUGUCGCCGCUCGCCCGCUCGCUGCUCGCGCUCGCCGCGCUGCUCGCCGCCGCCGAAUCCGGAGAUUAUAACUGUGUUACGGAGAUGAUUGGUCGAAACAAUAUAAGUGCCGGCGAAAUAGCGAGUUAUUCCCCAUUUUUUGUUGCGCAUCCCGGACGCAAGAUAGAUACUCCCAUAAUAUGCCGGAAUAUAAUUUUCUUAAGGCAAGUCGGACAAAACGUCACGGCGUGCAACAUCAAUCCAGGCCACCACUCGCCCACCAUCAAGGCCGAUGACGCCGACCCGUUCUCAUCGGUAGACAUCGACCCGUGCGAGGACCCUCAUGGAUGUAUAGUCUAUGUCACACAGUAUUGCGAGUAUCCUCCUCACAACUAAGCAUUUAAUGGGAUCACUUUUCCCUACGGCUGAAUAUUCUGAAUAGGCUGAAUAUUUUCAUUUGAAUAAAUAAUAACAAAAAAGUU